GUAUUUUCACGCUGGAGAGCCUGCGACGGCCCUCGCCAGAGUACCAGAGGAAGAGCUGCAGAAACGGGAGGCUGGCUUCGGCCCCCUAGUGCAGAUGCACGACCAGACCCCUGGCGAGUGCAUUCUCAUUCCGGACGGUCACUGGCACUGCACUUACAACUCCACGGAGCACUUCACCUUCGGCGUGGGUGGCAUGGGAAGGAUCGGCAGCGUCAGCGAGGCGCUUGCUGCUGAAGGCGACGUCGAUGCUCUGCGCCAGUCCCCGGCCGAAGUGCUGCAAGCAGAAGCGCCGCAGCUGCUGAGCACUUCUGCCGAGCAGGGGCAGCUUUCCGUGCUGAAGUUCCUCGUCCACGAUCUCGGGGCCCGGUUUGACAAGCUCAACCAGCAGGAUAUCACCCGUGCAGCACCCAUCUGCUUCCAUAUGAUCUACGGCUUAGCAGCUGAAUGUCUGGGUUCGAGCAGUGGCUGGUCGGUUGCCACUAACCAUGCAAUUAUGCCGCUGCGUGUGAUCGUGGUAGAUUUAUUGGCGCCCACGACGAAGAUAAGGACGCAGGAAGAAGAAGAGCAGUAA